AUGGGCGUUGCUCUCCCCCGCAUGGGCGUUGCGCUCCCCCGCAUGGGCGUUGCUCUCCCCCGCAUCGGCGUUGCGCUCCCCCGCAUGGGCGUUGCUCUCCCCCGCAUCGGCGUUGCGCUCCCCCGCAUGGGCGUUGCGCUCCCCCGCAUGGGCGUUGCGCUCCCCCGCAUGGGCGUUGCGCUCCCCCUCGCAUGUCAUGCGUGGGCCUCUCCGUUUCGCCUCGCGCUUCUGCCGCGCCUGACCUGUGCCCCCUCGUUCGUCUCCUUGCUCCGUGUGCUGACGCAUUGUGUGCUGCGCCCGUGUGUGCCGCGCCCGAGUGUGCCGCGCCCGCCCGUGUGUGCUGCGCCCGCAUGUCCCGCGCCCGCCCGUGUGUGCUGCAGGUGCGGAGGUGGCGCGGCUGGAGGGGGAAGUGGCGGCGCUGAAGAAGGAGAUGGUCGUCAAGUGAGCGCCAUGCCAUGCAAGGGAGGGGGGGGGUGGAGGGGGUGCACUGCACUGCACCCCCAUGAGGGGUGCGCUGCACUGGUCCAGUCACCUCACCCUCCCUCCACCCCCCGUGCUCGCCACUCCUGCCACGUGCCAAGCAUUGUGCUAUGUGCUGCAUGCAUUGUUCCAUGUGCUGCGUGCAUUGUGCCAUGUGCUGCAUGCAUUGUGCCAUGUGCUGCAUGCAUCGUGCCAUGUGCUGCAUGCAUCGUGCCAUGUGCUGCAUGCAUCGUGCCAUGUGCUGCAUGCAUCGUGCCAUGUGCUGCAUGCAUCGUGCCAUGUGCUGCAUGCAUCGUGCCAUGUGCUGCAUGCAUCGUGCCAUGUGCUGCAUGCAUCGUGCCAUGUGCUGCAUGCAUCGUGCCAUGUGCUGCAUGCAUCGUGCCAUGUGCUGCAUGCAUCGUGCCAUGUGCUGCAUGCAUCGUGCCAUGUGCUGCAUGGAUCGUGCCAUGUGCUGCAUGGAUCGUGCCAUGUGCAGCCAUCCUCCUCCGCCAUGUCUGCGCUCGCCUCGCCCGCUCACACCAAUGCACCACCAACUCCAACUCUAUCCGUGUGCCCCACCACCUCUUCUUGCUGCCCAUUGCCCAUCCGCCCUCCGUGUCUCUCAGCUUCCCGUCCCUUCCCCUGUCGCUCCCCUAUCCCCCCACCACCCCCCUCCCCCUCGCCCCCUGGCGCUGGCCGUGGCAGGCGGAGAACGAGCGCCUCAAGGAGGACCUGCAGCGCGCACUGGAGGGCGCACAGGGGGGCGAGGGAGGGGGCGGGGGGGGCGCGGGGAGACGCACAUUGGAGGAGGCGGAGCAGGAGCUGCGCGAGCUGCAUGAGGAGUUCACCCGCCGCCUCAACGCCGCUGAGAAAAGCGUGCAUGCGUUCAGGGAGGAGUGUUUUGGGUUGAGGCGGCUGGUGGAGGAGCAGAGGCAGGCAGCAGCGAGGAUGGAGGGGGAGAUGGCGGAAAGGGACGCUCAGCUGCACCAGAGCGAGCGGGAGAGUGAGGCACUGCGGCAGGCGGUGGAGGAGAGGGAGGCGGUGGUGGCCAGGCAGCGGCAGGACCUGACACGCGUGGAGGCGGACAGAGACCGGCUGCUCGCCACAAAGCAGGCGCUGGAGGCGGCAGCCCAGAGCGCAGACGCCACCAGGUCGUCGCUGCUGGAGGAGGCCAACGAGGCACUGGCAGCCACCAGGCAGGCGCUGCAGCACCACAAGGACCAGCUGCUGCGGGUGGUGGCAGAGGGAGCGCAGGAGAGGGCAGCAGCGGUGGAGGCGGUGAGGGAGGAGAUGCGGCAGCAGCGGGCGGCACUCGAGGCACAGGCGGCUGACAAGGAGAGCCACCUCACAGCUGCUCUCACUGCCCUCGCCCAGAGGGCAACGGAGGCAGAGAGGGAGGCAGUGCAGCGAGAAGAGAAGCUGAUGCAAGAGAUAGCGGCUCUCAAGAAUCGGUGCCAGCUGGCGGAGACAGCUCAUGGUGACGUCAGCACGCACAUCACAGCAGCAACUCAACCUCUUUUGAGGCAGAUGGAGGGCAUGGUGGCGCAGGUGAGGCGGAUGGAGCAGGAGGAGGAGCAGCGCGAGCGCGUGCACCAGGAGCAGCAGCAGCAGUGGGAGCAGCGGUGGCGCCACGCAGAGGAGGGGCGCAGGAGGGCGGAGGAGAGGGCGGGGCAGGCGGAGAGGGGGGCAGGUGAGGCAGCGAGGGGACGGGAGGAGGCAGAGAGGCAGGCGCAGGCUGCAGUGAAGCGACUGCAGGAGUUGCAGCAGCAGCAAGAGGAACUGCGGGAGGCGGCGCAGGCGGCGGGGGAGAGGGAGGGCAUCGCGGAGCAUGCGAGGGCGGAGGCAGCAGCAGCGCUGCAGGCGGCACGUGAGGCGAGAGACGAGGCUCUCAGACGCAUUCGGGACAUGGAGCGGGCAGGGCGGGGGCGAGGAGCAGAGGGCGAUGACAGGGUUGGGGAAGGGGGGCGAGAGGGCAAGGGUAGUGGCGGGAGCAAGGGGCAGCAGCAGCAGCAAGAAGGGGCUGAGAUGCCGGGCAGCAGUGCAGGCAGCAGCGGGCGGGCGGCACGGGGGGAUGAGGGGCUGACGGGCAACAGCAGGCCAGGCGGUGGGGGGGGGAGUGCUAGGGGUGGGACGGGGGAGGGCAGUGCGGUAGGCGUGGGAGGGGCGAAGGCGGGGGAGGGGGUGGGAGGCGGUGCGGUGCGGCUGGGCGACCUGGACGUGGGGGGGUGGGGCAUGGCAGCGGGCGGGGUGGGCUUGGAGCGACUGCGCGCCAAAGUCAGGUGGGCGCUGUGUGCUGGGCUGGGCUUCCUUCCCUCUCCCUCUUCCUCGCCGCCUCUCACGCCCUCUCUGCCUCCUGCCUUGUCUCUCAAGAGUUGUUUUCGGUUCUACACCUGUGCUUUCACCUGGGCUGCUGCCUUCGCACUGCAGCAUGGUAGAAGCAUGAAGGGCGAGCGUAGGGUGAAUGGGGUGUUAUAG